AUGGAAAACAGAGGUGGAUAUUAUGAGCCUGUCAAUAUCCACAUCGGAAAGGCAGCGGCCUACUGGGACCUGAACACUUCGGCAAUUUUGCCGGUUAUCGAUGAGGAUAAAUGGAAGCAACUGGAAGUCCCAGCCAAGAGUGGCCCUCCGCUGCCUCUGGUACCGGGCCUGAAUAUUGAUGAUAAGGAGAGUAUCAAUGCGGAUCCUCAAUUGAAAUGGGAUGGGGAGAAGUAUCCGGUGGGACUGAAGGCAACGCCACACCCAAAGGUGGAGGGCCCUCAGUUGGAUGAGAAGGUCAAUAACAUGAUGCCCAACACAGUUUAUGGCCUCCAAUCGGCAGAUCCUGAGAGAGCUGUGAGAGACCCGGUGCCACUACCGACGUCGACUGGCAUUACCUCUUCCAAGAAGCACGUGGCAGCCAGAAUAGAUGGAGUGAAGGUAGAUCUCGGCAAGCCUGUGGACUACGGCGCGCUUAUCGGUCCUUCCCGAGCAGUGAGUAAGGACCGACCUCAGCCUCCUAGUAUGUUUGAAAAGCCGGAGAUAUCAUGGAGCCAGAACCUGGACACGACAAUCCCGACGUACAGUAUCACUGCGGCGGUGCCGGUGGAGUCCAGGGGCGUGGAGGAGUGGCUACCGAAAAAGGGAAAUCUAACGCGUCUUCAAGAGGAAAACCCUGCCGCGUUUGCUGCUACUACGCCGGAUGAUGAUGAUGUCACUGAGAAGAAGUCUACUUCUCCGAGGGGUUCCUCUUUCCUGGGGGGAGAAGAUGACGAUACGGAGGAUAUUAAGAAUCAUAUAAAGGCAACGAGAGCUCUAUUGACGCCUAACCUUAAGCACACCGUUGGGUAUUGGGGUGAUUGGAUGGUAUCCGAUUUGACUAAGGACGUGGAUGAGUUAUCGAAGUCCGAUCUGCAGCCGUUGGCCGACCUGACGGAUAUGGAGCGAAAGAAAGGAGACAAAGGUAUGAUGGAACAGGCCGAGGCUGUGAUGAAGGUCCUGGCCUUACUCAGGCCAGUUGUGGUGGAGACUAUGACCAGUCAAGAGAGAGGCAUGAAGGAUGUUGAGGAGGAUAUCAAGAAGACCGUGACACAGGAGAAGGAGAACUACGAUGAGUUAUUCGAGAAGGACGCGGCGAAGUUUGCCGAUAUAGCGCAGCGAAACGGCAAAGUCCUGCUCACCAGUACUAAGAAGAUCUACCUCAACCUUAUGAAGUCGAUAUCAGUAUUAAUUAAAAAGGUGUACAAGUUGCAGAGGGCUCUGCUGAUGGUGACAGCGCGGCAUGCGAAGCACAGCACUCGAAUCCUCAACGAGUUGGAGAGGACGACACGCUUCUUCAUAGCAAGAACGGAUCGGGCUGAUAGUACAUUGCGGAGCUUCGUCACGGCAGGUCCCGAACGACGAAAGGCGAUUAAAACGGUCAUGACACAGUUGGGAGACUAUCAGAAAAAUAUCGCCCUGAAGAGGUUUCAGCGCAGUGCGAGUAAGAUGGCUGGCCAGUCUAAGCGUAAAGUGCAAGCAACUGGUCACAAGGCCAUUCGAGUACUGAAGGUCGACGAUAAGGAUAUAAGGAAUCGGCAGAAAAAGAGCGAUAGGGCAUUCAAUGCGCGACUUCGGCUACUACGACAGAGAAGAGAGACCAUAACUCGGGAUACUCUUCGGGAUUUCGGCACGGCUGACCGCCACUUUUCUGACGAGGCGGGCUCGGAUAGUGUCUCUAAAUGGCCGUUGGUGAAUGACCUCCUAAAGGCAGCUGAGCAUCAGGCAUCGGCAGUGGAUGAGCUAGGAAGUGAGAUGCAUGGGAUAGUGGAAGGAGCUGAAGGACCUCAUAAACUGCUUGGAGACUCCCUCAAGGAAAACGAGAGGAAUAUGGAGGCUAGGAUUGAGCAGGAAACUGAGGAGAUGAAGAGGGACACGAGCAGAGAAGCGACACAGGUGAACGCCGAUCUGAAGGAUCUCCAGAUGGCGGCGCAGAAUGCUGCUGGACGAGAGCGUACACUGGGUAUGGCUAAAGUGAAGGAAGUAGAACGGCAAGAGGCUGCAGUGGAAGAAGCCGAGAAAUCGCAACUCGACAACGCGGACAUAACUCGCGGACAGAGCGAAGCGGAGAUGAAAUCUGACAUCGGACUGGCGGCCACUCAAGCAGAUGGCAAGCUGAACAAUAUGGCUGAUACUGUGAAGUCCCGAGAGGAGGCAGAGGGGAGGCUGGUUGAGGCACAAGCGGUUGAGGCUGAUGAACGGCAGGGCAAGAUGAAACAGGCUCUAUCGGAAGGCCAGACACAGCGAGUAGCGGCCUUGGAUGCUGAUAUGGGCGCCAUAGCCGAGACCAAUAAGGAAGAGUACCAGCGUAUGCAGGAGCAGUUGAAGCUAGAAGGAAAUGAUGAAAAGAAAGGUGUGAACGCGACUUCAUCACUCGUGAGCGGCACGGCUGAUGCUGUCCACAACUCGGAGGAGCAGAUGGGCGCCUUACAUGAUGAAAUGAGUGCGGCUAACGCCAAGGCUCAGCAGGGCCUCGAUAAUGCACUAAAGGACCUUGAUCACUUGUCGAGUGGGGGGUCUGCGGGUUUGGAUCACCUACAGGCGGACGAGACACAUGACCUCACUAAUUCAGUCCAGGAGGUGGCUGAGGCUGCACAUAAGGAUGUGGCAGAGGCUCGCUCUGAUACCAAGAGUCGACUUCAAGCGGCACUUGGAGAGAUGCAUGCCCAGAUUGGCGGAAUGCUGGGGAAUGAACAAGAGAUGGAUAACACUUUAAUUGCGCUGUCCUCAGAUGCUGCUAAGGCUCAGACGAGGGCGAGAGAGAUAGCGCAUGAGAAGGCCGCGGAGCAUGAUGAGAUUCUCGGCUACCUAUCGAAAAGCUAUAAGCAGAAUCGCGAUGAUAUGUCUAAGCUCCCAUCGGAAAUAGAGGCAAAAGGGAAGAAGCAGCUGACGAACGCCAAGAAGCUAUUGAGCGAUGAGAUGCAGAACCGCAACAAGGCGAUAGCCGCCGUAGCAGCUGAGCACAUCAUGGCAAUAGGCGACUUGAUGAAAUCGGUGAUGGACCUACUCACGAAAGGCGAGAUGCAAGAGGAAGCCAAACGACGUCUGCUAGCUGAGGCGGAGAGCAAGAUGGUGGACAUAGAGCGCAGUAAGACGAAGCUGCAGUCCUUGAUGGGUGCCUCUGGCAACGAGACGUCGGGGGAGUCGGGCUCUAUGAAAAGAGCUAGAGGGAUGAUGGGUGACACUCAAAUGGAAUUGCUACAUCGUCGCGAGGAGAUGAAACAGAGAUUGAAGAAAGGCUUGGUUUUCCUGGACCAUCAUAUCAGCGACGCUCAUGACUUCCUACAGCUCCACCUCAGGGAUCUGGAGAAGGCCUUGAGGAUUAUGAUAGAGCAAUUUCGCAAGCUACUGAAUGGCGAGGCGGUAACGUUUGCCAAGUCCGACCAAGAGGAUAGCGCUGGCACAGCCAAGAAGCUUGGUGGUGUUGAGACUGGCCUCGAGAAGGAUAUGAAUAGAAAUAAAGUCAGGUUGGAGAGCAUACUCAAUGUCGACAAGGAAUCUACGAUGGACUUCACGACGUUGCUGAGCAAGCUCACCGCACAAGCCCAGGGCCUGGGCUUGUCUGGUAACGAGAUGAAGAGCUAUAUUGAGGAGCAGCUGUCCAAGCUGUCUUCGGAUACUGCUGGGGAGGUUGGUGUUGUGGGACAGGAGGUCGAGAAUGAGAUGACGGGCUUUAGAGCAACAGCCAAUGCCGAGCGAGACAAGGCCAAGGAGGAGAUCGCUAAAAACGACAAAGUAUUGGCACAUGGAGAGGAAGGAGUAUAUGGCCAACUCGAUGGCCUCGGUCAGAAAGUUUCAGGAGAGGCAACGGAAGUUGGCAACUCUCUAGGAUACAACGCUAUAGCGCUGCGUAACGUGCAGCGCUUGGCUGAUGGGGAAAGGCAGACCUCCAGCAACGACCUGAAGGCCCUCAUUCACACAGUCUCUGCUACUAAGGACUCGGUUAUGAGGGAGAUGGCGGAGAGUCACGGAGCUGAUCUGAAUGCGCUAGGAAGAGUAGAGGACGUCGUAGCCAUUGUGGACACUCUUACGAAAUCUGCCUUCGAUGAGAUUCAAGGCUUAAUUGGUAGCAGUACUGGUGACUUCCAAAGUUUGGAUGAGAUGCUCGACACGCUCGGCUCUAGCACCAACUCCUCGGUAGCGUCCCUGAAUAAAGACGUGGAGGAGGACGUGCGGAAAUCUGAUAAGUUCAUGAACGGCAUUAGGCCGAUACUGGCUCAAAUGAAGGAGGAUGCCUCUGGUUACGAGAAGAAGGAUAGAGAGAUCGCCGCGGAGUCGAUAUCUGCGAGAAAGUCCGUGAUGAAGGCGGUGAGUGACACUUCGAAGGAGGGCGACGAGGUGCGAGCACAGGCUUGGAAAAACGUCAUGAGGUGA